GAACCAUGUGCGGACAUAAUCGGUAUUUUCAUCUUUUCAGUUAAAAAUGGCUUUUAGUUACAAGCAGUGACUCAGCUGUGAUACUCCGUCUGUCCACAGGGGGGCGGUAUACAUCGCACACACCCCGUCCCGGCGGCUAUUUUUACCCGGGCCCACCGUCUCUGGUGUCGGGUUCCAGCGGCCGUUAGCUCUCCUCUGUGCCCACCACUCACGCCAUGUUGUCAGGGUGAAUCUGUUGCCACAGUUUCCUGACUUUUACCUCAGAUCAAAAGUUCGUUUCCGGGCCGUGUCAGCUGUCAAAGUUCGACGAUGUCGAGUGUGUCGUACCUCAUCUCCAACCUGUUGGAGAAAAUGACAUCUACUGACAAAGACUUCAGGUUCAUGGCCACCAACGACCUGAUGCUGGAGCUGCAGAAGGACAGCAUCAAACUGGACGAGGAGAGCGAGAGGAAGGUGGUGGCCAUGCUGCUCCGGCUGCUGGAGGACAAGAACGGAGAGGUGCAGAACCUGGCGGUGAAAUGCCUGGCCCCUCUGGUGGGGAAGGUGAAGGAGCCUCAGGUGGAGGCCAUGGUGGACGCUCUGUGCUCCAACAUGGCGUCCGAUAAGGAGCCGCUCAGGGACAUUUCCAGCAUGGGGCUGAAGGCCGUGAUCGCCGAGCUGCCGCUGUCUUCGUCGGGUCUGACUCUGACGGCCAGCGUGUGUAAGAAGAUAACCUCCCAGCUGAUCAGCGCUUUGGGAAAACAAGAAGAUGUUUCCGUUCAGUUAGAGGCCCUCGACAUCCUGUCGGACAUGUUGGGAAGGCUCAGUGGGGCACUGGUCAGUUUCCACAGCUCUCUGCUCUCCAGCCUCCUGCCUCAGCUAACGAGCCCCAGGAUGGCGGUCAGGAAGCGCUCCAUCCUGGCCCUGGGUCAGCUGGUGCCCGGCUGUAGCCCCGCCCUCUUCUCCCAGCUGACCGAGCACCUGCUGGCAGAGCUGUCGAAGGGCCCCCCCACCGCCAUGACCAGGACCUACAUCCAGUGCUUGGCCACUGUCAGUCGGCAGGGUGGCCAUCGAGUUGGUGAACACUUGGAGAAGCUGAUCCCAAUGGUGGUCAAGUUCACCGGCGUGGAGGACGACGAGCUCCGGGAGUACUGUUUCCAGGCCUUUGAGGCCUUCUUGCGCAGGUGUCCGAAGGAGAUGUCCCCUCACGUCGCCACGGUGACCCAGCUCUGCCUCAAGUUCAUGACCUUUGACCCCAACUACAACUACGACGGCAGCGAGGAGGAGGACGAAGACAGCAUGGACGUGGAGGACGGACUUGACGAAGAUUCAGACGACGAGUACAGCGACGAUGACGACAUGAGCUGGAAGGUGCGGCGCUCGGCCAUAAAGUGCCUGGAGGCUCUGAUCAGCACGCGCCGGGACCUCCUCCUCUCCUUCUACUCCUCCAUCUGCCCGGUUCUGCUGGUCCGGUUCAAAGAGCGCGAGGAGAACGUGAGGGCCGACGUGUUUUCCGCCUUUUCAGCUCUGCUGAGGCAAACCCGCGCGGGCUCCGCCCAUCAGGGCCUCAUCACGGCCGCCUCAGCGCCGGGGGGGGCCGGCAGGGAGGAGGAGCCAGCAGUUUCCCUGCUCAAAAAACAGAUUCCGGUGAUCGUGAAGGCUGUCCACAGACAGCUGAAGGAGAAGAGCCUUAAGUCUCGGCAGGGCUGCUUCUGCCUCCUCACCGAGCUCGCUCACACUGUUCCUGGAGCCCUGGAGGAGCACAUCCCCGCUCUCAUACCCGGAAUCAUCUUCUGCUUGACAGACAAGUCCACCUCCUCCACCAUGAGGAUCGAUGCUCUCUCUUUCUUCCACGUCCUCCUCCUCUCACAUCCUCCUCAGGCCUUUCAGCCACACAUGCAGGUGCUGCUGCCUGCAGUCUUGGCGUGCGUGGAGGACACUUUCUAUAAGAUCACGUCGGAGGCUCUGCAGGUCACCCAGCAGCUGGUCAAAGUGAUGAGGCCGCAGGGACUGACCGCCACCGCGGGAGCAUUCGACCCCAAACCGUUCGUCAAGGAGGUGUUUUCAGUUACAAUGAAGAGGCUCAAAGCAACAGACAUUGACCAGGAAGUGAAAGAGAGAGCUAUUUCCUGCAUGGGUCACAUGGUGUGCCACCUUGGCGACCACCUGGGGCCGGAGCUGCAGGGAGUCUUGGCGAUCUUUCUGGAGAGAUUAAAAAAUGAGAUAACACGGCUCACGGCGGUUAGAACCAUCACCCUCAUCUCUGCUUCUCCUCUCAAGAUUGAGCUGUCCUCCAUCCUGCCAGAGACGGUGUCUGUGUUGGGGUCCUUCUUGAGAAAGAACCAGCGGGCCCUGAAGCUGGGCACGUUGGCGUGCCUCACCUCGCUGGUCACCCAUCACUCUGCCAGCAUCAAGCCCGCCGCCCUGGAGCCCAUGCUGAGCGAGCUCCCCCCCCUGGUGGAUGAAAGUGACAUGCACGUGUCUCAGGUAUCCAUCACCUUGCUGACAUGUUUGGCCAAAGCCUGCCCCUCAUCUCUGGCUAAAAUCAGCUCGUCCGUGCUCCCGGGGGUCUUCAGGCUCAUUCACUCCCCGCUGCUGCAGGGCGGCGCGCUGCUGGCCAUUCUGGACUUCCUCCAGGCCAUAGUCCAGUCCAAGGCCACUAACCUGGGCUACAGUCAGCUGCUAAAGUCCCUGACCGAGCCCUUUCAGAGCUCCAAGUCCUCUGUGGACAGCAGCGUCCUGCACAGACAGUCCUACCACUCCGUGGCUCGCUGUGUGGCUGCUCUGUCCUCGGCUUCUCCCAAAGACACGCCCGGCACUGUGAGCGGCCUCAUACAGCAGGUGAAGAGUCCCGGCUCUCCGGAGUCUGCUCGGGUCCUGGCUCUCCUGUGUCUGGGGGAGGUGGGGCGGAGCGGCAGCAGUCUGGGGGGGGGUAAGGAGGUGCAGGGCGUCAUCCUAGAGGCCUUCUCCUCCACCAGUGAGGAGGUGAAGACAGCAGCCUCCUGUGCUCUGGGCAGCAUGGCGGUGGGGAACCUGAGCGAGUACCUGCCCGUCCUGUUGAAAGAGAUCUCAGCUCAGCCGCGCAGGCAGUACCUGCUCCUACACUCACUCAAAGAGGUCAUCAGCGACUGUCCAGCCUCUAGUCUCACGCCCCACGUGGAGUCUAUCUGGGCUUUGCUCUUCCAGCACUGCGAGAGUCAGGAGGAAGGGACCAGGAACCUGGUGGCUGAAUGUUUGGGAAAGCUGACGUUAGUCAACCCGGCACAACUUCUGCCCAGACUCAGACAGCAGCUUAAAGCGGGUUCUCCUCUGGCUCGCAGCACGGUGGUGACGGCCAUCAAGUUCACCAUCGUCGACCAUCCGGCUCCCAUAGACUCGCUGUUAAAAGACUGCAUAGGGGAUUUCCUGAAAACAAUCCAGGAUAACGACAUCAACGUGCGUCGCGUCGCCUUGGUGAUGUUUAACUCGGCCGCCCACAACAAGCCGUCCCUGAUCCGCGGCCUCCUGGGAACCGUGCUGCCUCACCUCUACAAGGAGACCCAGAUCAGGAAGGACCUCAUCAGAGAGGUGGAGAUGGGGCCAUUCAAACAUACCGUGGACGAUGGAUUGGAUGUCCGUAAAGCCGCGUUCGAGUGCAUGUACACUCUGCUGGACAGCUGCCUGGAGGGGCUGGACGUCCUGCAGUUCCUGGAUCAUGUAGAGGAAGGACUCAAAGAUCACUAUGACAUCAGAAUGUUGACCUUCUUGAUGCUGGCCAGACUGGUGUCUUUGAGUCCUGCUGCUGUCCUUCAAAGGCUGGACCGACUAGUGGAGCCCCUGAAAGCAACCUGCACCACCAAGGUGAAGGCCGGCUCGGUGAAGCAGGAGUUUGAGAAGCAGGAGGAGCUGCGGCGCUCGGCCAUGCGGGCGGUGGCCGCCCUGCUGGCCGUGCCGGAGGUGGAGAGGAGCCCCAGCAUGGCCGACUUCGCCAACCAGAUCCGAUCCAACGCCGACAUGGCCUCCAUGUACCAGAGCAUCCAGGGAGGGGAAGGAGGGGGCGUGGGGCCCACAGAGAGCAUGGAUAUGAGCUAA